AUGUCAGGCAAACCCGCGUCUUCACUAGCUAGUAGAGUCGCAGACGCUCGCUGGCGGAGAUACGCCCUGCCGCAGCUUAUCGACCAAGUAGCUCGUGAAGAUCCCGACUCUGUAUACGCAUCAUGGCCAGUGGUCCCGAACUCAUACUCAGCUGGUGUGCGACACAUCACAUACGCCCAGCUGGCUAACAUCGUGAACGGCUUGGCGGGGUGGAUCGUGAAAGAAAUAGGACCUGGGGACCAGAGUCAGGCUCUGGCCUAUGUAGGUCCCAACGAUGUGCGAUUCACAGCUCUUAUCUUUGCCGGUAUGAAGACAGGCCACAGGAUAUUCCUUACCUCGCCGCGCAAUAGUUUGAUAGCACAUCGGAAACUCUUCAGCGCAGUAGGGUGCAAGACGCUCAUCACGUCGGAUCCAGCAACUCCACAUGUACAUGCGAUUCUGGAAGGGGUCGAGUCAUGCAGAGCUCUUACGAUCGCGAGUGUUGAUGAUCUUCUUUCUACGACGCACCGAGUAUACGUAAUGGAGAAGGCUUUGAAUGCGCCGCUGAGGGAUGCCUUGAACAUAGUUCAUACUUCUGGUUCGACGGGGAUACCCAAGCCGUUGAUCUGGACUCAAGAAACGGCUAUGCGACACAUCGAAGCUAUUAGUCGGGACCCGCCUGACGGACAGAUAUCAGUUGAUUCAUUCAUGCGCGGCAAGCGGUUAUUAUCGACGUUACCGCCAUUUCAUGGUGCUGGCCUUAUGCAGCAUUUACUGUACGCCACUGCCUUUGGAAAUAUCAUCAACAUCCCAGCGGCAACGGGGCCGAUUGUGACGGCCCAGGGCGUCGUCGAUGCCCUCAAGCAAACACCUGCCGAUGUGGUGAUCAUGGUACCGUCUGUCGUAGCCGAGCUUUCCGAGAGUCCGGAUCUGCUCGAAUACUGCGCUAAGAACAUUCAGCUUAUCUUGUACAUCGGCGGCGAUCUACCCCAAGCCGUGGGCGACCGUGUCGCUUCCAAGGUCCGACUGCGUUGCUGGUGGGGAGCAUCUGAGAUAGGAUUUCCGCAGCAGGUAUUUGUACCUGAGCUGGAAUCGAGUGCAGCUGGUUGGCAUUACAUUCGCUUCGGUCCCAUUGUAGGCGCCAGGUUUGACCUGGUCAAUGACAAUCUCUACGAGCUCGUGAUAUGUCGCGAUGAGAAGUUGGUCGAGACCCAAACAACUUUUACUAUAGGUGGCUUUGAGAAUUUCACGGAAUACCGUACCAAGGACUUGUUCGAACCUCAUCCCGAUGUCCCAGACGCGUGGCGCUGGCGGGCGCGGGCAGACGACAUUAUCGUCUUCCUGAACGGUGAGAAGACGAACCCGGUAUCGAUGGAGCAGCAAAUAGUGACUCGCAACCCGGGCUUGAUCAGCGGUGCCAUAGUCGUCGGCGCCCAGAGAUUUGAAGCAGCAUUGAUCAUCGAGCCAGUUGGUACUGGGGGGUCCCUGUCGACAGCUGAGCAAGCCGCUCUGAUUGAGAAAGUGUGGCCGAGCGUCGAUGAAGCAAACCGCAGUGCGCCGGCGCAUGCACGGAUUGACAAAUCGUUGAUCCUAGUAGCAACUCAGCCGUUCAUUCGAUCUGGGAAGGGCACCAUUCAGCGGGCUGCGAACGUUGUGCAGUACACGGAUGAUGUUGACAAGUUAUACGCGAACGCUGAUGUCUCCGCAGCUAGUGCCCUGACUACGGAUGCGACAGAUGUAAACGCACUUAUGCGGUUGAUCCAGGAUACUCUUCGGAGCAUGGAAGGUGUCUCGGGGACAGAUGAGAACACAAACUUCUUCGACAGCGGCAUGGACUCUCUGCGCGCGUUACAACUCGUGCGAGUCUUGCGAAAAGCCGUCGGCUCUCCCAAACUUGCGUUGUCGACCGUCUAUCAGAACCCGACUCCAAGGCAACUCGCCACAGCAAUAGCAUCAAAUUCAAGCGAUCGUUUUGAUCAGAAGAUCCGAGACCAGCUUUUGGACACAUAUCGAGGCCUUCUGCACGAGAUCCCAAAGCUCCCUGGUACUACAAGCACUGAGGAAGAAGGUCCAGUAGACGUCCUUCUGACAGGCUCGACUGGGACACUGGGUACAUCCAUACUCGCUGCACUUCUCUACAACCCAAAAAUCCGCCAUAUUUUCUGCCUUAACCGAGCCGAAGACGGCGGCCGAGAGGCGCAAUUCAAGCGUUUCGCCGCUGCUAAUCUCGAAACAGACACGAUCGACUGCCGCGUCAAGUUCUUGCACGCGGAUCUGACAGAUCCAAAGCUAGGUCUCACAGAAACAACCUACGCGGACCUCUGCAGUCGCGUCAAGAUAGUGAUUCACAACGCCUGGCCCGUCAAUUUCAAUCUCAACCUGCUGGCCUUCCGGCCCUUACUCGCGGGCCUCGUGAAUCUUUUCAAAUUCGCAGCUAGUGCCGCACCGCGCACUAUACGGACUUUCUUCGUCUCAAGCGUCAGCGCUGUAACCGGUUUGAGCACCGGCGCGCCUGAGGAAAUCGUGCCGGACGACAGCAAGUUACUCCCAAGCUCCCUAGCGAACGGAUAUGCGGGGAGUAAGCGCCUAGCGGAACUCCUGUGCGACUCCGCGGCCCGACAUAUUGGCAUUCCUGUAGCUGUACUGCGCAUCGGCCAAGUCGCUGGUUCUACGGCGCCGGGUGGCACGAUCUGGAAUCGCUCUGAAUGGCUUCCUAGUCUCGUUGUCAGUUCAAUCUUGCGAUUGAACUGCUUACCUGAUAAUCUCGGCCCCCAGUUCUCCAACGUCGACUGGGUGCCGUCUGAUCUGCUGGGCAUGGUCAUCUCUGAGCUUGUCUUGGCUGGCGCUGAUACAGCACAUGGUGAUGGUGCAGAGGUCUUCAACGUGCGGAAUCCAAAUACGGUGCUCUGGAACGUGCUUAUUCCGACCAUUGAAGGGAUCUCGCGGGAGAGGUCUGAUAAGGAGGCUAUGCAAAUCGUCUCGCCGGAGACAUGGCUGGAGGUUCUGCAGGAGACUGCGGAAACAGAUGAGAACGAGGCUGGUGCUGGGUUGAUGUCGCUUGUGGCGAAGAACCCGGCCCUCAAGCUGGUCGAUUUCUACCGCGAGUCCUUGUGGCCGCGUCACUCGGAGAAUGCUCAGACACAGUUGCCGAUGGAUGUGACUAGGGCUGUGGCGGCUAGUGAUACGCUUCACAAAAUGCCUCCUGUGAGCUCAGAGUGGAUGAGGAAAUGGGUUAAGGAAUGGUUGAAAGAUAUAGACCUGGUUACUACUUCGCCGUUGUAA